UAGAUACCAGUGACAUCAUUUUUUGUAGACAAUGGCGGUAGUGCAUACAGAAUAGAAGCAAAAGGAAAUCAGUAAAAGGACUGGAUCAGUCACUGGAGAUGAUCGAGUCCUAGUUCUCGAGAACCUCCAGGACUCAAGUUACAAGUCUUGACCACGACGAGAAGGUUAUCUGCCCCCAACGGUUACUGUGCAAGUCCAAGUCAUCCAUUAUUAAGCUAAGUGUCCAGAACGAGGCGGGAGGUAGCCUAGGUCUACAUUGAUGUAGAUCGGUCUGUAUGCACGUUGCAUUUUGUAGCCAUUUCGAAAUAACGCAUCAGCAAAAAAGUAAAUUAAUUAAUUACGCAGGUGAAUGAAUUAAUUAUUAGUAACAUCACAAUAAUUUUAAAAAAUUCGGACUGCAAAGAAUGCGGAAUAAACAUCAAUAAAUAUCAACAAAAAAUCAAUCAUUAACUUGUUAGAUCGUAUUCUGUGUUGUGUAAUGUGUACCAACAUGGAUUAAGAAUGGAAAUGUAGAGUAAAAACAAGAAGAAACUGAAGAUCGUCUGCUUAGGUCACACUACACCAUCUGAACACAAACAAGUCCACCAGAUUAUUCCAGGGUUUAUUACAAAAUUUUUUGAGAGAUGUCUGGCAAAAGGAACGAAACGAAUAAAGAAGAACAAGAUGCGAAGGUCAACCAACGGGCCGCCGGCUACUCGUCGACCUACCUCCGCAGGUCUGGCCUGGAGGCCGGUCAGGUGGAGAACUCGAGCGCCCCCUUCGACUCCAUCGCCGCACUGCUCACCAGGAAAGAUAAUAAUGACGACAAGUACCCACCCAUCGUCACCAUCGACGGACGGGUCGAUACGGAUAUCGAUCACCUGAUUGAUGAUUUAGAAGAUGAUUACACAGGCCCAGUGGUGGAGACACCGAGCCGCUUCCCCAAGCCGCACGUCUUCAGUGUGAUCGACGGCUCGCUGGACGACGACAUCGACAGCUACGCCAACGACGACGGCGCCAUGGAGCACACGCUGGUGGACGCGCCCAAAAACUACAACUCGAUGGAGCUGAGGGACGUGGCCUCUAAAGACACGUCCGUCAAGACCCCUGGCCAGGCUAAGGGAGGUCCAUCUGGUCUGCCUCUGACCAACAGAUCUUUCAAUAAAACCAACGUGGAAACGGCUGAAGCAGGGCCAGGCUACGAGAACAACGAGAGCGACAUGUCCGUCGUCCCCCUGACGCAAGUCAACAUGCGCUUUGAGGACGAGUACGACGAGGACAUGUGCCGGGGCGCCGACAUCGGCAGUCGCGUGGACGAGAUCCUGGCGGGGAAAGACGCGGGGGGAGCCGCCAAGGAAGACAGCGAGAUGUACACGGAGCGAGGGGUGGAGCAGUCCAGCAUCAGGGUCGUUGAGUCGUGUGAGCAGAUCUCGUCAGAAAGCUGGCCCAAGAUGGACGCCCUGGGCACGUCCAACAACCGGAAGUUGUCAUCAAAACAGGAGUUGAGUCAGAGCAACGACGAGAACGGGGCGAUGGUGUCGCUGGCAGACGGUGACAGGUCGGUGUUUCUGGACGAGACGUUAGCCGGGGAGCUGAAGAAAGAUCUCUCGCAGCAUUUUUGUGGCCCGGAUAAAAUCAUGCGGCCAGACGAGGGCGGGGAUGUGUGGGGGUUCGUGGAUCACGCAGAGGGGGCGCCGCAGCCGGUGUCAAGUAAGCUUUGUGAAGCCACAGAGUUAGAGAUGAUGAGGGAGGGUGUUGGCACGAACGAGGAAUGUGUAGGAGACACAGGAAUUGCGGAUUCCAAAAAAGAGGACGUUGAAGCUGUUGAUACACAACAUGCUGAGGCUGGAACUGGGUUAUCAAAUGAUGCAGAAAAGAACAACGAAAAUUCUUUAAUGAAUUGUGAAAUGAAGAACUCAGAUCUCGGCCAAGCUGAGAUUCGCGUAAAAACAAAAACAGAAGAAGAUGCCAAACAGCCAAGUCCUGGGACCUUUUCCAUAGAACUUUCAGAUUCUGGGUAUCAAGAAAACAAUGGGCCAGAACCCAUGGAAACCAACUCACACCUACGUUCAAAUACCCCUCAAGAGGCAAACACUGAACCAAACAACCUAACACAGGAGAAAAACAGCCCACCUGAACCAAACAACCUAUCACAGGAGAAAAACAGCCCACCUGAACCAAACAGCCUAUCACAGGAGGCAAACAGCCCACCUGAACCAAACAGCCUAGCACAGGAAAAAAACAGCCCACCUGAACCAAACAGUCUAUUACAGGAGGCAAACAGCCCACCUGAACCAAACAGCCCAUUUCAAGAAGCAAACAAUCUCAUUCAAUCAAACAAUCCAUUUCAUGAGGAAACACGUCACCAUGAAUCUAAAAAUCCAUUUCACGAGUCUAGCAAUCCCCCCGAGCCAAAUGGUGCUGUUCAGGAUGCAAGCAGUCCCCCUCAGCCAGAUGACUUAUCUCAGAUAAAAAAUUCCGAGCCGAAGAAUCCGUUUCAAGAAGAAAGCUCACCCCCGGGCCAAGAGGAGACGGUCCUGGUGGAUACGCUACAGGGAAGUCAUUCUAAUUAUAGCAUCGGGCCAGAUGGUCGAACAGAAACCUGCCAUUCACACACAAGCACUGAACCCGAAGAGAUCAAACCCCAAAUUCUCGACGACUGCAAACACCUACCUGGCUUCCGUUGCUCCAAAACACAGUCAACGAUCACGUCGAGCGAACAGAGCUAUGUUCUGGAGACUCAGUCGGAGCCCGUGCCAAAGGACGAGGACAGCUCUGAAUCUGAAAGUCUGAGUUUAGUAUCGCAGCAAUUCAUCGCUCAGCUGAUGGACCUGAGGGGAAACAAAAUCAAGUCUAAGGAGCUGAUCGGCAAACUUCGUGACAUUGUUCGGGAGUCCAGUAGGGCUGAGGAUAAAAUACACCAUUGCAAGGAAAAGUCAAGUCAGGAGAAAAUUCCAAUGGAAAGGCAAAGUCAAGAAAAGUUGCCUAACGAAAAGCCAAGUCAAGAAAUGAUGCCAAAAGAAAGGCAAAGUCAAGAAAUGAUGCCAAAAGAAAGGCAAAGUCAAGAAAAGUUGCCUAAAGAAAGGCAAAAUCAGGAAAAGUUGCCUAUAGAAAGGCAAAGUCAAGAAAAGUUGCCUAAGGAAAGGCAAAGUCAAGAAAAGUUGCCUAAGGAAAGGCAAAGUCAAGAAAAGUUGCCUAAGGAAAGGCAAAGUCAAGAAAUGAUGCCUAAAGAAAGGCAAAGUCAGGAAAAGUUGCCAAAGGAAAGGCAAAGUCAAGAAAAAUUGCCAAAGGAAAGGCAAAGUCAAGAAAUGAUGCCAAAAGAAAGGCAAAAUCAAGAAAAGUUGCAUAAGGAAAGGCAAAGUCAAGAAAAGUUGCCUAAGGAAAGGCAAAGUCAAGAAAAGUUGCCAACGGAAAGGCAAAGUCAAGAAAUGAUGCCAAAAGAGAGGCAAAAUCAAGAAAAGUUGCCAAAGGAAAGGCAAAGUCAAGAAAUGAUGCCAAAAGAAAGGCACAAUCAAGAAAAGUUGCCAAAGGAAAGGCAAAGUCAAGAAAUGAUGCCAAAAGAAAGGCAAAAUCAAGAAAAUUUGCCAAAGGAAAGGCAAAGUCAAGAAAUGAUGCCAAAAGAAAGGCAAAAUCAAGAAAAGUUGCAUAAGGAAAGGCAAAGUCAAGAAAUGAUGCCUGUAGAAAAACAAAAACAAGAAACAGGACAUAAAGAUAGACACAGUCAACAUACAAUACCGAAUGAGAUGUUAAAUCAGGAAAUGUUGCCCAUGGAAAGGACUUCUGAAGAAAACUUAUCUAGAGAAGGGUCAAAAGAUAAAGUAUUGCCAAAACAAAAGCAAAAUCAAGAAAUGGCUCGUAUGGAAAAACCAAAUAAAGAAAUGUUAUCUAAGUUAAAACGAAAUCAAGAAACUGUUUCAAAAGAAAAACUGAACCAAGAAGAAAUGGCUCCCAAAGAGCAGCCAAACCAGGAAAUAUUUGCUAAAGAAACGCCAACCAAUUUGUCGGUAGAUAGAAAUAUGAGUAAAGAGAUUUUAACAGGGGCGGAUGCCUGCAGCAGUGCUGAGAAAAAAUCCCACACAACAGACAGUUUAAGUGAGUACAUGUCAGCUAUGAACCAUCCUUCAACAGCUGAAUCAGAUGGCACCAAAAUACUCUUAAAAAACGAAUCGCCGACAGAACAUUCGAGAAGUCACAGCCAGGUCAUGGACGCUGUCAUCAGAAGAGAAUAUGAAAAGAGCAAAAUUAAAGUGCAGCAUUCAGACAGUAGGUUCAAUCGAAAAGACGCCCUGAAGAAUCAAGAGCUAAAGCUUUCACAUAAACAGAUGAUGAAGAACCAAAGGAGCUCGCACGAUCCACAAAAUGCAACAUCGAAGGAGCUUGCAGCAGAAGAAGGGAAACCAAUGAAGAAUUAUGAUAUACAAGAUGUUAGUAUAUCCGAGAAAAUUGCAAAGCACGAAGCAAGACAUUACUUGGAUGAAGAAAAGCGAGGUGUUCCAAAAAGGGACGAUAAAGAAGGCAGGAGGAACAACGAGUCGACUCGUGAACAUGUUCACAGGGAGGACAGAGAAGGUAAAGACAAAAAGCACCGAACUCGCCGGGACUCUGAGAAAACGGGCAUCGACGAGAUAUCUGAGCACGAAAAAUAUCACGAAAACGAUGUGAAAGUUAUUAAAGACGACUGCAAAGACAAGCGGUCAUCUACAAAACACAGGGAAAACAGCUGCAUUUCUCAGAGAUUUGAAGAUAAACCUAAACAUGAACGAGAUGACUUUGCGGAGUUUGAUGGCACAAGAGAAAUGAAACACAGAUCAAGAACCAUGCCUGAAGCAACGUCAGGGAGGGCCCUGAAGUUCAAAGAGAUGCCUGAAGACUUUAAUCAAGCUGACGCAGCUGUUUCCAGUAGAAACGAGUCUAAGAGAAAAAUGGAGAAGCACGUGACUAAAAGAGCGACGGAACAGGAUAUAGAUGCUCUGGCGUGUUGUGCCAAGAAAAACAAACACUUUGACGGGGAAAAGAUGGACUCAAUAUAUUCAAAACACCCUGAGGUGGCAGAGGAAGGUCAUAAAUAUUCCAGUAAACAUAAGGAAAACAAAGAAGACUUAGAGAAUCACCAAGCCUCGAGCACACACAGGAAAGAUAAAAUGUCAAAACCAGGACAUACACGGGAAUCCAGCCACGAAUAUAAAGAAGAACAAUAUUUAUCGCUCAAUACAGUUUCUCAUAUAGCAGUGCCUGAAAAGAAGUUGCAGUCUAAAACUAAAGACAAAUAUUCCGAUUUACUUUUCAAAACGACGGUAGAUAAAAGGCAGUGCGUCUACACAGAACAAGGAGGCGUCAAAGAAGAAAUGUAUGUGGAGUCUGUAGAAUCCACAUCUACAGUCAGUCAGAUGAAACUGGGAAAAAUGAAAGGCCCGGACAGGAAAAUGAAAUCCCCCACAGAUAAACGAAGUCAUAAAGUUGAUCAAGUCGUCAUCGAAGCAGUGCAACCUUCAGAGGUUCAAGGCAAGACUAGACACAGCAAGGAAUCCAAGCUCUCCAUCAAGCAAUCCUUGAAAGCUGCUCUACGUGUAGCCGAGGAAUCUCUGACUGCCGCAGCUAGAGUAACCCAGGUUUUGAACAACGUCAUGAAGGCCGCGGCCAAGCCAAGCGUCUCCACCUCUUCUUCUGAAGACGACCGAAUCCCUGCCAGCGAGUAUUUACCUUGCACCAAAACAAACUAUACACAGAUUCCAGUCUUUCGCAGAGCUGUCAGUAUGUCUCCUACUAAGGUAGUAGAGAACGAAACACUAUCAGACAUAGAUCAAGAUGAUAAGGAUUCGCAGAAAAAGAAAAAGAAAAGCAGUAAAAAAACAACGCGAGCGAUGUCAACCAGUGUGAUCCAGUCUAAGAGCAGCUCUCCUUUCCGAGCUAAGAGCUCAUCACUCUGCACACAAGAACGAGCCGAGCUUACCAAAGACCACGCGCGCAAGGAAAAGAUAGCCUCGUGCGAGCUGUUUAAGAAAAUAAAAAUAUCUAACACCACAGUUCAAGCCCCUGGGGGGAAAUCAGAAAAAUCGCAUCACAGAACGGGCGCGACCUCAGUCGCAGAACACCGAUCGCUGCAUUCGGUUUCAAGCAAAGUUCAAGUUAAAGAGAGUCACCACAGGGAGUCAACAGACGCCAAAUCUGAGCGCCAUAGAAGCAGUCGAAGCUCCAGUAAGAAGCGGAGACGUGAGUCCCAGGAGGAUCACGACGCCGAGACCCCCCAGGGAGGUAAAGGCAAGGCCAAAGAAGUAAAAGCCCACAAAAGCAACGAUCAGCCUGAGACGAAGGCCAAGCAUAGCAGCAAAGAAAGUAAGACCAAAACUUCGACCUUAGACGUUGAUCACAAGACAGAUGAAUGCAACACGCACAAACGGAAAGAAGCGAAAACAAGUACAAAACCAUCCGCCGGAAACAAGGAUGUAGAAAAUAUUAAAAAAGCAACAAUUGGUACCGCCGUCGUAAAAAAAUUACAGGUGAUUGACACGUGUCAAGAAAGUAUCUACCGCGAGUUACCGAAUCAACGACCCCCACAAGAUUUACCCAAUCAACGGCCCCCAAAAGAUUUACCCAAUCAACGGCCCCCACAAGAUUUACCCAAUCAACGGCCCCCACAAGAUUUACCCAAUCAACGGCCCCCACAAGAUUUACCCAAUCAACGGCCCCCAAAAGAUUUACCCAAUCAACGGCCCCCACAAGAUUUACCCAAUCAACGGCCACCACAAGAUUUACACAAUCAACGGCCCCCACAAGAUUUGCCCAAUCAACGGCCCCCACAAGAUUUACCCAACCAACGGCCCCCACAAGAAAACAUCUCCCGCGAGUUAGCCAAUCAACGUCCCCCUACUGAAGGCGAGAGUGACAUUAUACCCGAAGGAAAGCUGCAGAAGACCAUAGAACAGGAAGGUUGGAACCUCCCAGCCAACAGCCGCGUGACAAGCUGGAAGACAGAUCACUACCUCACCCAGCUCUUCCUCCACCAGAACAGCGAGAACUCCCACUCCGCCCAGCUCUUCAUACGGAGACAGGUGCUCGGCUCCAAGGUCGACCCCAACCCCAUCUCCAGUGAGUCCGAGUCGCUGGAACACCCCGCCUGCAACCGGACGUCCAACAACCACAGCAACAAGCUGUGCGAGUUCGAGCCGCUGGUCUUGGUCAACGAUUCGCCAAGCGGUGCCAGAGCUGCUAGAUGGGGUGAACCCUCAAAUGAAGAGAGAGAUCUCAGGAGCGUGCACUGCAAAACAAGCCACGUAGCAGAAGUCCCCCAGCUCACGAGGAAUGCAGCAGACAAUACCAAGUUUCAGAAGAACGUCGAGGGUGAGCUGCCCUGGAGAGGAUCCUCCUCAACUCGACCGUCGUCCAGUGCCCAGCGGCCGUGCACCGCGGAGCUCGAGGGCUACUUCCCCGACGACCCCACGCCCCCCUCGCUUCACCAGACGGCCAAGUGUGCCAGGAAGAAGAGCCAGGAGAGGGCGCUCUACGCUUGCUAUGACUCACCCGUAAGAGAGGUCAAGGACAGAGCUGAGCGCCACUUGUGCAAGCAAUCUUGUGUGGAGCAUCAGGACUCACCCGGCCUCAACCCCGAGGUACUGAAGAACAACAUCCUGUCUAGACAAGCACCGUUUCCAGAGAAAAGGGUGGAGCCAUUCAGUCGAGUUCUGCAAGACAAAGUGCUUGCACCUUUUAGUCCUAUUUACGAAGAAGCCUCGGAUCGAAUUUCCUUCGCCAGCUGUGAGGAGAGGAGUCGAGACAUUGAGGUGUGGGCACACAGGCACUCACGGUCCCGUGGCCCGAGGAAAUCUCGAUCUAGGGACACGGAUAUAAACAAUAACAGGGUCGACGAGGAGAACGAUGAAGAAGGCGACGACGAAGAGGAGAGACUCUACGAACUCAAAAGAUCCGCAGGGUCCGGAGUCGACCCUGCGGAAUUCUACAGCGAUAAUUCCAGAGUGGAAGAAACAGAGGUCAGAGCGGAGGGGGAGGUUGUUCAGGAGGGGGGCCUCGGGGUGGCCGAUGUCCAGCAGGAAGAAGCCCGUCCUGGGGAUGCAGAGAGCAUGAAUGAAGCACAACUGAGAAAAAUGCCAGAGGUAACAGAGGAUCAUAAAUGGGAGUACGCAAAGGACACAAGCGGGUAUGAGCCUUCAGCAUUAUCUGUGUCACCAUCAGCAGCAAACAAUGCAGCAUUAUCUAUGUCAUUAUCAGCAACAAACAAGGCAGCAUUAUCUGCGUCACCAUCAGCAACAAACAAGGCAGCAUUAUCUGCGUCACCAUCAGCAGCCCACACACCAGCAGACGAUGGAACAGAGCUAGUCCAUCUGGUGCCGUCAGGCGACGUUAGCGUGAUGCAGGCCCUACAAGAUGGCACCUGGUACAGUUUCAGGCCAGAGCAACUCUCAUCAAAUGACGACGAGGGUGCUGCAGAGUCAGUCGUCUUCACGCAAGAGUCACCGGAAGCGGAAGUAGCCCCAGUAGAGGAGGAAUGGCCAGUUUCCAAAUCUAGUUCGAAGACAAACGACCAAACUGGACCUGUAUCGGAAGAGGUCACAAUUCCAGUCAGAGCUAAGUCCGCACCCUUUGCUGAUGGGACGAGAUCCAAGACAGGUCCAAUGGGCUAUUCAAAGACGAAGCCCAAAUCCGAAGGGACGAUCUCUUCAGCAGAAAAAAAACGUCGCAUCCAGGACCAGAAGUUGUGUGCCAGAUUAGCAGAGAUCAGCAGACAACCCAGCAAGCUGGACAACUGGAUGAAACCUGGCCCGUCGUCAACUGCUGGCAGAAUGAUGGAGCACAAGCGUGUAAUGGAACAAGAGGCCAUAGCCAAAGAGAACGAAAAAUUCGCCCAUCGGUUGUUCAAUCUGGAGUCUGGCUACAGCCGGCAAAAACAACUCAAGGAUUAUGAGAAGGCAGCCGGUCAAUCGAGGGUGUCCACCCGUUUCCAGGAGGAGCCGGUCAAACUGACGUCACAUGAAGUCACCGCCUCGAAACUGGCCAGAGAACAGGCCGAGGAAAUGGACCGUUUUAUUUGUGAACAAAAAAGGAAAAUGGAAAGCCCAAGGCCGCUCACCAGAAGUCAAAGUCUCCCGCCAUUACGGAAAAGAGAUGGCGGCGUGUCUCCGUACAGCAGACUCAGGUUGGAGAAAGAGUUUCAGGAGAAUUAUAGAAAAAUGCUGAACGGUGGCAAACGCUCUGCAGACUGGACUAAAUGGAUGCCGGUUAAAAUGACAUUUGAUCCUUUUCGGAUUCGCAUAGAGAGCGACAAGCAAGUCAAGAAGCAGGCGCAGAAAAUCGAUGAGAUGUGCCGCAACAAAGAGCCCCCUUACGCCCCGAAGCCCAAGUCAGCCACAUCGGUCCUCUUGGCCAACUUAAAUCGCGUGUAACAGCCCAGCCAAUGGACUCGUACAUACGAGACCACGUGAUCCAGUUCACCCAAUGAAUUACAGUGUUUGGAUGGGACGUCACGCCCAACUUUAUGAACCAGAAAAAACAAUUAGGUGCCAGUCCAUCUUGAAACCAAAGGGAAUAAUGUCCCCUUUUUUUAGUGUAGAAGAUAUUGUCCCCUUAUUCAUGUAGGGAAUUUCGUCACAUUCUUUAUGUAGGGAAUAUUGUCCUAUUCUUAAUGUUUUCCAUCUCAAUGAAAUAAAUAUCUGAAAAUUAAA